UCAGCAGCCUGGGAGUCUUACCAUCCUAACCAAAAACACAAGUGAGGACGUCUUUCUUUCAAGCGGACCACAAACGUGUUUCUUUUUUUCCUCGUAUUUUCAUCUUCUCAAAAAACAUUUCAUUAAGAAGACACUUUGCUUAUAGUCCUAUACGUCCACGGGAGAGCACAGCACCCAAAGUUUGGCCACCAUGCAGCCGGAAGGAGACUAGGAGCACUGGUCUUGUCCUGCGGUGAUCCAGUGAUGCUGAUCUAAAUUAAGACUAAGGGGGGGCGGGGUCAUGUAUGUACUGUGCCCCUUGGCGGUCCUGGCGCUCUACAGCUUUUUUAAGAGCUACACCCAAAAGGACGUGAGCCCAAACUUUGGUGAGGUCCCCGACCGUGGACUCUUAGUGGGGGAUGGGAUUCCUCAGAAGAAGUGCACAAGGAUGAAGGGCAGACUAGGUGGCGCCCGCCGGAAGCGAGUCCAGCCGGUCCGGAAGUCAUUCCAGCUGCUCAGUCCCACGGUCAUGUUUGGACCAAGAAAGACGUGGGACCUCGGCCACACCCCCUGUCUGCAGGAGCUCUGGAAGAACGACUUCUCUUUUGACGCGAGUUCGCUUGACUUCCUGAUGAGUGAUGGUGAGGAGGACGCCUCCUUUAUGUCUCUGCCGAGCCCCGCCUUCUCUUGCCGCUCCCUUCUGACCGCAGAGCUGAACGAAUCAAGCGCACCCAGGCAGCAGCAGCUGCUCAUCCAGUCUCUUCAGGACAAAGUGUGUGAUCGUCGGGUCCGCCUCGACUCUGAAGCGCUGCACCACGCGGCGCUCGGGCGGCCGAGCGGUCUGGCGGCGGCGCAGGAGGCAGGCGUGGCGCUAAGCGGUGGCGUGGACAAAGAGCAGCUGAUCCCUCGGCUGCACUCCCAGGUUGAAGAUCUGGAGAAGAAACUUCUUGACCAAACACAGGAGGUGGCGAGACUUCGCUCAGAACUGGGGGCGACAGACCUGGAGAAACAGCUGGAGAUCCUGGAAGCGGAAAACAGGCAUCUGAAGCGCGAGCUGACCUCUUGCAGAAGCGCCGAAGUAGCAUGCAGCUGCAACCAGGAUGUAGAGGCGCUGCGGAGGGAAGUGUCUCGCCAGGAGAUCCAGGCCCGUCAGAGAGAGCGCCACCUUGCUGAGCUGGAGAGACAGUUGAUGGAAAAAAGUGCCAUGGUGGACACGUUACAGCAGCAAUUGGAAUGGUCUAAAACGACACAAGGGGAGGCAUCAGGCCAGAAAGCUGGAGACCAGUUGCAGAUUGAGGAGGCAGUGCAGGCAGAGGAAGUGGAGACUGACGAGUCCUCGACGGCGAUGCAGCUGAGGAACGUGUUGCUGCAGGAGCAGAUGUGUGUGCAGCACCACCUGCUGCGAGAACUUGAGGCGCAGCUGCACGAGUCGCAAAGGACCAGCGCUCAACUGAGGACGCAGCUCGUCUCCAAACUCGGCCUUCUGGCGGCACACAAAUACAAGUUUGAGCGCAGGUCCAAGAUUGCGGUCUACGAUGGCGAAAUGGAGCGUGCUCAGAAGCAGCUGGAUGCGGAGCUUGUGCACUUGAAGGAGGAGAAGGAUCGAGUGAUCGAGGAGGCCUUCGUUAGGGCCGAGAGUGAGAUGAAGGCCGUCCACGACAACCUGGCAGGAGUGCGCAUGAAGCUGGUGGGUCUUCAUCCGGCGCUGAGGACGCUGACGUGCGACUACAACACGCUGAAGAAGCAAGUCCACCACUUCCCUGUCAUGCUGGACAAGGCCAUCGCUGACGCAAAGCACGAGAUCUGUCAGGUCAUCAGCGAGGUGAGCAACACCAACCAGAACCUUCUCGACAAAUACAAGCGGGAGAUGAACCUGAGGAAGAAGUGCCACAACGAGCUGGUCAGACUCAAAGGUAACAUCCGAGUUUUGUGCCGCGUUCGACCCAUCAGUCAGCAGGAAACGGACUCGGCCGACGUCAGAACCAUGUUGACCUUUGACCCAGACGAUGACGCCAUCCUCUACCUCACCAACAAGGGCAAAGUUAUGACCUUUGACCUGGACAAAGUCUUCCGGCCUCGAGCCACGCAGGAAGAGGUGUUUCAGGAAGUUCAGUCUCUGGUCACCUCCUGUAUCGACGGAUAUAACGUUUGUAUCUUUGCAUACGGACAGACGGGAUCGGGAAAGACGUACACCAUGGAGGGCGUUCCUGAAGACCCCGGUCUCAACCCGCGAGCGCUCCGCCUCCUUUUUUCCGAAGUGAUGGACAAAAGUCCGGAUUGGGAAUACAAGAUCAGUGUUAGCAUGGUGGAGAUUUAUAACGAAACUCUUAGGGAUCUUCUGGGUCACAACAUCUCUGACAAACUGGACAUCAAGAUGAAUCCUGACGGCAGCGGACAGCUUUAUGUUCCUGGACUGACACAAGUCCAGGUCCAAAGUCCUGAGGACAUCAACAAGGUUCUGGAGUUGGGUCAAGUUAGCCGAGCGACGGCGUGCACCAACCUAAACGACCACAGUUCUCGUUCUCACGCGCUGCUUAUCGUCUAUGUGUCGGGGCUCAACGCCACCACAGGAAGUUGCACGCAAGGGAAGUUGAACCUGGUUGACCUGGCUGGCUCGGAGCGCAUCAGGAAGUCCGGUGCUGAGGGCGGGCGCUUGCGAGAGGCCCAGUGCAUCAACAAGUCUUUGGCGGCGCUCGGCGACGUCAUCAACGCGCUGCGCUCCAAACACGCUCACGUCCCGUUCAGGAACUCUCGGCUGACCUACCUCCUUCAGGACAGUCUGGGAGGAGACAGCAAGACUCUGAUGAUGGUGCAGGUGUCUCCUCUUCUGGGAAACCUCAGCGAGUCACUUUGCUCGCUCAAGUUCGCUCAGCGUGUUCGCAACGUGGAGCUGAACUCCACAAGCGGCGUCUCCAGGAGGCUUGACAACUCGUCUACUUCGUCCUCGCCGACCCACGACAGCGUGGAGCUGGACUCGCCACCCGACACCCCGAUGCCUCUGCCUAUAUCUCGCGCCAGCAGCGCUGGCUCCUCCCUUUCUUCGGCCUCAAGAACUUCCGGCAGCUCGCGUCGCAGAUCCCAGUCGCAGCUUUCCGCUGGACGACUGAAGAUGACGGCGUGAGGCGUGGACGUCGUCACAGAAGGCGUGUUGGUUUCCAUGGUGAUCAGCUGACAACAGUGUUUUGGAGGGUUUUUUUGCACUUUAGCUGAUUGGUUUUUUUUCUCAACCAUAUUUUAAUGUCAAUAUUAUAAUGAACAUUUUUCAUCCAAUGCGGAUGCUGACAGUUUUCAAACGGACCAAAUUUGGUCUCCCUAAACACACAUGCACACGUGUGUGUCGUGUUAACCGUAUUUUAAUGUCAAUAUUAUAAUGAACAUUUUUCAUCCAAAGAGGAUGCUGACAACCUUUAAACGGACCAAAUUUGGUCUUCCUUAACACAUGUGCACACGUGUGUCGUGUGGCAGUCGAUCAACUCUGAUUAGUUUGCUUUUUGUAUUUAAUUUUUAAUAAACGUGGAAACACCAAA